CAGUUGUAAAAAGUCAGUCAACGCGAUCAUAUCGUGUGUGGGUUAACACAAAGAGAGAAAGAGAGAGAGCGAACACACACACAACAGACAAAUACACAGAGCAUACUAGACAAGACAAGCCAAGUAUAUGUAUUUUGUAUAUGUGUGAGACUAAUAAAAACAAAAAACAGCUGAGAGCCUAAAAGCGCGUGUGCGAAAAGGAAAAGAAAAAAUCCCCAAAAAUAUACAUAUUCAACGCAUACACAAAAUAAAGAAACCAAUAACAAGAAACACCAAAGAAAUCUGCGCGUUGACAGCGGAAAUUUUUUGUUUGGCCAUUUAACCUAAACCCUCGGCAGUGUGUGAACAACGUCAUCACAACGUGGUCGUCCUCGUUAUCCUCCCUAUACACAAACAUCAAGAUGAGCAGCUCAGUACUUAGCCUGGCACGUCCUCCGCCAACAGUUUUAGCCGCCAAGCAAUUGAAUUGUAAUGGCAACGGCUCCAUACCAAUUCCAACAGUUGCGGCCAAUCCUUCAGCUGCCACGGCUGCCACACCACCCAAACAGGUUCAAUUGGCUGCCAAAAUCAUUCAGCAAUCGCAAAUUGUUUGCUUCGAUGUCGACUCCACAGUCAUUUGUGAAGAGGGUAUCGAUGAGCUGGCUGAUUAUUGUGGCAAAGGUAGCGAAGUGGCACGUGUCACCAAGGAGGCAAUGGGCGGCACUAUGACCUUCCAGAAUGCCCUCCAAAUACGUUUGAAUAUCAUAAAGCCAUCGCAGCAGCAAGUCCAGGAUUUCAUACGCGAACGUCCCAGUACUCUUACCCGAAAUGUGAAACGUUUUGUCAAUCAAUUGAAGGCAGAUGGCAAGCAGGUUUAUCUCAUAUCCGGCGGUUUUGAUUGCCUAAUUGCACCUGUCGCAAACGAACUUGGCAUACCACUCACUCAGCUGUAUGCCAAUAAAAUGCUGUUCGACUAUCAGGGCGCAUACGAUAGCUUUGAUAUCAAUCAGCCCACAUCUCGGUCUGGCGGCAAAGCGGAGGCCAUCAACCUGAUUAGGCAGCAACAUAAUGCGGACGCUCUGAUUACAAUGAUUGGUGAUGGUGCCACCGAUUUGGAGGCUGUCCCACCGGCAGAUCAUUUUAUUGGUUUUGGUGGCAAUGUUGUCAGGCCCGAAGUCUAUCGACGCGCUCAGUAUUACGUAACGGACUUUGAGCAGCUGAUUGGAGGUGGCGGCCAAUAGGCGUAGGCGACAACAAACGGCGGCAGCAGCAGCAGCAGCGACGCGGAUAUUUUCUGUCAGCGCCGCAUUUAGUAUUUGCAAAUCGACGUGUUAUAUAUUAUAUAGUAGUAAAUAAUAAAAGUGUUUUGUGUCUCUCAUGUAUGUACAGAUUAUAAAUAUAUAUAAAUAUAUAUAUACGUGUGUGUAUAUUAGUUCAUAGUCAAUUGCUAAAACAAUAAAAAAGAAAAAAAGCGAUAGUAAAAUUA